AUGCCUGGAAGGAAGCCACAACUCGGAAAUGGGGAACAAUUUGGGAAAAUAUUUUGCACCACUGAGAUUCAAGCAGCAUUCAUUCUCUCCUCCUUUGUGACCUUCUUCAGUGGACUUGCCAUCUUGUAUAUUUUCAGACUCCUAUGGAAAUUCAUAAAAAAACAUCACAAAAGAAAAGAAAAAGAUAUCUUGAAUCUAAUCUCAUCACGUGCUAGAUUUUUAAGAAGGCUUUACAUUAAUGGAGCAUUUCGAGAUCGAAUAGAAAUGUUGCUCUCAGCACAGACCUUUGUGGGGCAAGUGUUUGUGCUCCUCGUUUUUGUACUAAGCAUCGGGUCUCUCAUAAUCUAUUUCAUCAAUUCUACUGACCCUGUUGGAAGCUGUUCUUCAUAUGACGAUAUAACAAUACCCAUUGAUUUGAUUUUCAAUGCUUUCUUUAGUUUCUAUUUUGGGUUAAGAUUUUUGGCAGCUGGUGACAAGAUCAAGUUCUGGGUGGAACUGAAUUCAAUUGUGGACAUUUUUACCGUCCCACCAGCCUUUAUUUCUUAUUAUUUGAAGAGUAAUUGGCUAGGGUUAAGGUUCCUCAGAGCUCUAAGGCUGCUAGAACUGCCUCAAAUCUUGCAAAUUCUACAGGUCAUUAAGACCAGUAAUUCAGUGAAACUUUCCAAGCUGUUAGCAAUAAUUCUCAGUACCUGGUUCACAGCUGCUGGAUUCAUUCACCUGGUAGAAAAUUCUGGUGACCCCUGGCUCAAAGAUAGAAAUGCACAGAACAUUUCAUAUUUUGACUCCAUUUACCUGGUUGUGGCAACAACAUCCACUGUUGGCUUUGGAGAUGUGGUGGCUAGGACAUCUCUAGGACGGGCCUUCAUCGUGUUCUUCACCCUGGGCAGCUUGGUCCUAUUUGCAAACUAUGUCCCUGAAAUGGUAGAACUUUUUGCUAACAAGAAGAAAUUCACCACGUCUUACCAAGUUGUGAAAGGGAAGAAAUUCAUCGUGGUCUGUGGAAACAUCACUGUUGACAGCGUCACUGCCUUUCUGAGGAAUUUUCUCCGUCACAAGGCCGGGGAAAUCAACACUGAGAUUGUUUUCCUGGGAGAAACCCCUCCUUCUUUGGAGUUGGAAACUAUAUUUAAAUGCUACUUGGCUUAUACGACUUUUGUUUCUGGAUCUGCCCUGAAGUGGGAGGACCUGAGUAGAGCUGCGGUGGAGUUUGCGGAAGCAUGCCUGAUUAUAGCCAACCCUCUGUGCAGUGACUCGCACUCUGAGGACACAGCAAAUAUCAUGAGAGUGCUCUCUAUCAAGAACUAUUACCCCAAGACAAGAAUCAUCAUCCAGAUUCUUCAUUCCCAUAACAAGGUUUUCCUGCCCAAGAUUCCCAACUGGAACUGGACUGCUGGAGACAACAUCAUCUGCUUUGCUGAAUUAAAGCUUGGAUUUAUUGCACAAGGUUGUUCGGUACCCGGCUUAUGUACUUUACUUACAUCUCUAUUUAUUGAGCAAAACAAAAAGGUUACUCCUAAGCUUCCCUGGCAAAAAUAUUUCUUAAGUGGCCUAAAGAACAAAAUUUUGACUCAGCGACUCUCAGAUGACUUGGCUGGAAUGAGUUUUCCUGAGGCUUCCAGACUCUGCUAUGUGAAGAUGAACCUCAUGCUGAUAGCCAUCGAGUACCAAUCCAUGUUCCGCAGCAGUUACAGUGGUCUGAUACUAAAUCCACCUGCACAAGUCAAGCUGCUGAAGAACACAUUAGGGUUCUUUAUUGCUGAAUCUCUGAAAGAAGUCAAAAGAGCCCUCUUUUACUGUUCUGCCUGCCACCGUGAUGUGUGCACCCCUGAGAUGAUUACCAAAUGUAACUGCAAAAGCAAGAACCGACAGCACCAGCAAGGCCGGGAGAAUACAUUCCAAGAGGGGCUCCACAAAUCUGCCCAAGAUCACAUUGACAGCAGCAAGGUCACAUUGAUUGCAGCUUGGCCAAGCUGUUUCAGACAUGCUGAUUUUCAGCCUCAUGCUUUUGCACAACUGUGUACUACUUCUGCCUACUUCAGCCUGAACUUUCAGCCAGCAUGUGACUGCUUGGGAAGUCUUAAAGGAAAGACAAAGUCCAAGGACAGUGAAUUGCCACCUGACCGAUGUUUGCAGGAAGGAAGCACGACUUGUGUAGAAAUACCUAAGAUUUCUCUAGGCCCUGCUGAUGGCAAGAAAGCUUCUCUCCUGGAUGUAAUAGGAAGAGUAACAGGGUCAGGGCUGGUGGUGUUGAAGAGGAACAUGAAGGACUACUCCACUGUAAGAAUCCAGGAUUCUUUUCCAAGAGGCGAGGAAAGCUUGAACUCUAACACCAGGAUCUUCCAACAUGAUUCAAGGACAGAAAAUAAUGACCAGCUUGACAGCAGCGGCAUGUACCACUGGUGCAAAUCUACCCCUCUGGAAAAGGUGAUUCUGAAACGUUCCUCAAAAUACGAGUUUCGGAACCACAUUGUAGCAUGUGUAUUUGGAGAUGCACAUUCAACCCUGAUGGGUCUGCGGAACUUCGUGAUACCCUUGAGAGCUAGCAACUUCACCCGACAGGAAUUGAAGGACAUUGUGUUCAUUGGGUCUCUGGAUUACCUAGAGAGAGAAUGGCGAUUUAUCCGGAACUUUCCCCAGAUAUUCAUUCUGCCUGGAUCUGCACUCUAUAUUGGAGACCUACACACAGUCAACAUAGAGGACUGCUCCAUGUGUACUAUCUUAGCCCCCUCGCCCAAGCCAUGUAGCAGUCCGACUCUGGUGGACACAGAGGUCAUCAUGGCCACACUCAACAUUGGAUCACUGCGAAUCGCCACUGGUCCCCAUGAAUCCACAGAAGGGAUCACGUCUGAAUAUAAUGAAUGUAGUGAGAGAAAGUUUCGACGAGUUCCCAUCCUCACUGAACUGAAAAAUCCCUCCAACAUCCACUUCAUUGAGCAGCUCGGUGGACUGGAAGGGACCCUCACAGGAAGCAGCCUGCAUCUCAGCACCUCUUUUGCCACAGGUGCUGUCUUUUCUGGAAAUUUCUUGGAUUCCCUCUUGGCCACGGCCUUCUACAACUAUCAUGUCCUGGAAUUACUUCACAUGUUGGUGACAGGAGGGAUAAGCUUCCAGCUGGAACAACAUUUGGACAACGAAAAGUUUUCUGGGCUACCUGAGAGCUCUACAUUCUUGUCUGGGAGGAUGCGAUGUAAGAUGGGUCUUCUGUCUUUAGACCAAACCAUAUUAUCAGACAUUCAACCAAGAAGAACCUUUGGACAACUGUUUUGUGGUUCUUUAGACAAUUUUGGAAUCCUAUGUAUUGGCUUAUACCGCAUGAUAGAUGAUGAAGAGAACAACCCAGAACACAGAAGGGGAGUAUGCUGGUUUGUGAUUACCCGGCCAUCAAUCCAGUGUAAGCUGAUGCCCACAGACUUAGUGUUUUGUGCCAUUCCUUUCAACACUGAUUGUUGCAAAAAAGAUAAUGAUGUUUCUACAGCACAAGCUCCAUAUGAAAUUAUAAAUAUAGCGCCAUUGACAUCGGAGACACAGCUAGACUUAGAUCGCCCUGCAGCAACUGACCUAAUGGAAGAGAAAUCACUCCACAUGUUCUAUUCACAAGUCUAUCCUUUAGAGUCAAGUACUAGCCACUUUUCUGAAUCUCAUCAAACAGUGCUAGGUAAUAAACAGCUAGGUGAAAAUGUGGAAAGUAAUGGAAAGGAAAACAUCCAGAAGGAAGAAUGGUCUAUGAAUGGUGUUAUAAGUAUCCAGAUUGCCUUGGAAAUUACCCCUGGAUUACAGGGUACAAGUGAUUCAAGUAAGUGUUCUGCAGAUGACAAAAUCCUGAAAGGACCCACCACCAGCAAUGUUGACAGAAAAAGCAACCUUGGCUGCAAUGUAUCAGGUAGCCUGGAAGAGUGGGUUGUAAGAUCAGAUAUAUCAAAGGCAAGUAAAUCAGAUGAUAAUCUAAUUGCCCCUGUCCAAACAAAAGAUGAUGAGGCCUAUACUAAGGCAGGACUGAUAGGAAUGGAAAAGAGAGGAUAG